CCUCUCAGCCAUUGGCCUCAGAGACCAUCCGUCUUCCCUUCACAACAAUAGACCCCUGCUCGCUCGCUCGCACGCACGCACGCGCGCCUUCUGCUCACGCGCAGACACAAAAAGCGCGCAGUGCUUUCGAGGAGUGACGGUGAAAUGUUUAAACUGCGGUUUGCCGAUUCUUUCUUUCUUUCUAGCUUCACGUCGGCGAGGAGCGCAGAGAAGCCUCUGCGAUGCGCUCAACGGGGGACACGUCGGAGUUGAAAUAAGGGAAACAUUGGGGCUUGGGUAAGAAAACCGGAAAGCGGUUUGUUGGGGCUUUUUUUUUUUUUACGAGGAUGACUGACUGGUGACAAAGAAUACGGGGAGCCCCUCUGGCUUCGGUUGACAUCCGCUAUAUAACUUUACGGAAGACAUUUUUGUGGGGACCGGUGUGCUCUUACUUGGACAGACAAAGAUUUUUUUUCUUCCAUCAUUAUUAUUAUUAUUUUUGGAAGGGGAACCAUGCCUGUCCGGAGGGGUCAUGUUGCGCCACAAAACACAUUUUUGGGAGUAAUUAUUCGGAAAUUCGAAGGACAAAAUAAGAAAUUCAUCAUAGCCAAUGCCCGGGUGCAGAACUGCGCUAUUAUCUACUGUAAUGAUGGUUUCUGCGAGAUGACGGGCUUUUCCAGGCCAGAUGUAAUGCAGAAGCCAUGCACUUGUGACUUCUUGCAUGGCCAGUUCACCAGUCGGCACGCUGUGGCCCAGGUGGCCCAGGCACUGCUGGGGUCCGAGGAGCGCAAAGUGGAGAUCACCUACCACCGCAAGGAUGGUUCAAACUUCCUCUGUGCCACCCAUAUCAUCCCUGUGAAGAACGAGGAGGGUGUGGUCAUGAUGUUCAUCCUGAACUUUGAUUACAUCCUGGAUGAAGGCAGCAGUGACUCGCUGGAGAGACUAAACCAUACCUCACCUUCUAAAGCUGAUCAAUGGAAAGGGAGAUUCUUUCGUUUCCGUCUCCCAGCCUUACCUCUCCUGGGAAUCAGCAAGCAGUCCCUGCCCCAGGAAGACCCUGAUGCCGUCAUGGUAGACUCUCCUCGCUACAGUGACGGCUCAGUAGCAACACGCGACUACCAACUUCCCACCACUCGAGAGAGCUGCAGUCCCUCUUACGCCAAUGACACCCGUGCCCUCAUCGGCCCCAGCCACUGCUCAACCCCUGUGUCUGAGCCUUUGGACCACUCGUCGCCUAAAGGCCCCUGGGACCGGAUGUACCCGGACCAGGCCGUUGCCCAGACAAAAAACCAGAGCCAAGAGGACACGCUUAUUGCAGCUCCAUCAAUCCCAGGCCUUACUCCAACUGCCUCCAGAGAGAGUAUGUGCAGUAUUCGCAGGGCCUCUUCUGUACAUGACAUGGAAGGCUUUGGGUCCAACUCUAAGAUGGUGUUCAGGGACCGGCAUGCCAGUGAAGAUAAUGGUCGCAAUAUCAAAGUAUCUCGCUCCUGGAUGGCUGGGGGACCACUCAGCCAAAUCAAAUCAAGCCUGCUUGGCUCAACUUCCGACUCCAACCUCAACAAGUACUCCACCAUCAACAAGAUUCCCCUGAUCACGCUCAACUUCUCAGAGGCAAACAAUGAUAAGAAGUGCCCCUCCCCUCCAUCCUCUGAGAAAACUAUCAUCGCCCCAAAAGUCAAAGAUCGCACUCACAAUGUCACAGACAAAGUCACACAGGUUCUUUCUCUGGGUGCCGAUGUGCUUCCUGAAUACAAACUCCAGACACCACGGAUGGAUAAGUGGACCAUUCUUCACUACAGUCCAUUCAAAGCAGUUUGGGACUGGCUGAUCCUGCUGCUGGUCAUCUACACGGCCAUUUUCACCCCCUACUCUGCUGCCUUCCUCCUCAAUGACAUUGAGGAGCAGAGGAGACGGGAGUGUGGUUAUUCCUGCUCGCCCCUCAAUGUGGUUGAUCUGAUAGUUGACAUUAUGUUUAUAGUGGACAUCCUUAUAAAUUUUAGGACGACUUACGUCAACACCAAUGAGGAGGUGGUCAGCCACCCAGCCAAGAUCGCCAUCCACUACUUUAAAGGCUGGUUCCUCAUAGACAUGGUGGCUGCCAUCCCUUUUGACUUGCUCAUCUUUGGCUCAGGAUCUGAUGAGACUACCACUCUGAUCGGUCUGCUAAAGACGGCCCGUCUCCUACGGCUUGUACGAGUGGCCCGUAAGCUGGACCGUUACUCAGAGUAUGGUGCUGCUGUCCUCAUGCUGCUCAUGUGCAUCUUUGCCCUCAUUGCACACUGGUUGGCCUGCAUCUGGUACGCAAUUGGAAAUGUGGAGAAGCCUUACCUGGAGCAUAAAAUUGGCUGGCUGGACAACCUGGGGGUGUCAAUAGGGAAAAAAUACAACUACAGUGACCCAAGCUCAGGUCCUUCCAUCAAAGAUAAGUAUGUCACAGCACUCUACUUCACCUUCAGCAGUCUGACCAGCGUGGGCUUUGGGAACGUUUCCCCCAACACCAACUCUGAGAAGAUCUUUUCCAUAUGUGUUAUGCUCAUUGGAUCUCUAAUGUACGCCAGCAUCUUUGGAAAUGUGUCCGCCAUCAUCCAGAGGUUGUAUUCAGGUACAGCCAGGUAUCACCUCCAGAUGCUGCGGGUCAAAGAAUUCAUCCGCUUCCACCAGAUCCCAAACCCACUGAGGCAGAGGCUGGAGGAGUACUUCCAACACGCUUGGACGUACACUAACGGCAUCGACAUGAAUAUGGUCCUGAAGGGUUUUCCAGAGUGCCUACAGGCGGAUAUCUGCCUCCACCUCAACAAGAAUCUCCUCCAGGGCUGUAAAGCAUUUCGCGGAGCCACCAAGGGCUGCCUUCGGGCCUUGGCCAUGAGGUUUAAGACGACCCAUGCGCCCCCUGGAGACACGCUAGUCCACAGUGGAGAUGUACUUACAGCACUCUACUUUGUUUCCCGUGGCUCCAUUGAAAUCCUAAAGGAUGACGUUGUGGUGGCCAUCCUGGGCAAAAAUGACAUCUUCGGAGAAAUGAUACACCUGUACGCAAAGCCGGGGAAAUCCUGCGCAGACGUGCGGGCGCUAAGUUAUUGUGACCUGCAAACCAUUCAGAGGGAGGACAUUCUGGAGGUGCUGGACAUGUAUCCAGAAUUCGCGGACCACUUCUUCACUAACCUGGAGCUCACGUUUGACCUCCGUGAUGAAAAUGCAAAGGUGACCUACUCACAAGAAACUGAUUCUAACAUGGAUGACUCCAAGUGUCGAAAACGGGUCUCAUACAGAAGGAAAUCCUCCACAGGCUCCCAAAACCAGGACAACAAGGAGACUGCGGUCACCUACUGCAACACAAAGCAGACGAGGCAGAUCUAUGCUUCCUCGGCAGCUGAGAAGAGGAGAGAGUCUGCUGAGGAGGGAGAGGAUGAUGAGGAUGAGGAGGAAGAGGAAGGCAGGGAGGAGGAAGAGGAGCAGAGGCCCUUGUGUUCUGGUGUGCUGGGCUACCCGGUGGUAAGGGACCACGCCCUGGGCCUUGGGUUGAACAGUGCUUCCAGUACACAGGCUGGAGACAACGCACAGAACCAGGAAUACAAAGAGCUCCACCCUGACGAGUGGGUGCGUCAGCAUCCCGGUGAGGCUGCGGAGGAGUCGGCUCACUGCCAGGAAACACCAGCCAGGGAGGAUGACAGUGACACAGAGCUCACCUAUGGAGAGGUGGAGCAACGUCUAGACUUGCUGCAGCAGCACCUCAACAGACUUGAGUCCCAGAUGACUGCAGACAUCCAGGCUAUCCUGCAGCUCCUUCAGAGGCAAACAGCAGCCGGUCCUCCAGCUUAUAGCACCGUCACCUCCAGCCCAGAGUACCAGAGGCCAGCCGUCAGGAUCCAGCUGGUCUCUGCCAUCGAUGUGAGCCCUGCUCCAUCCCAGCCGCAGAGCCCCGGCUCAGAGAGAGCCCUGAACACAUCCAAAGAAACCUCCCCAGUCCUUCUCCAUGCAGAGACUCAUCCCAAUGGGGACUUAGCUGGACUGCUUGAGAAUAACACCAACACUGAGCAGAGAGACAUCCUAGACUCAGCAGAGCAGCAGCACCACCAACAUCCACUGAAUUUCCCAUCAAGCCGGCAAGCCUCUCUACCAGAUGUCCCCAGCAGCUCAGGAAUGUUGGGACUCCACAGGCCAGUCUCCGACCCGGGGCUUCCAGGGAUGUAGCCCCCACCCCCCACUCCAAACCCUUCGACAAUGACUGAAGGUUAUUUCUAAAGCUUGACUCAGGGUUUAAGAAAGAGACUAAAUAUGCAAAGGUUAAAAGAAACUGUAGACUUUCUUCCAUUCCUUUUGAGAAAACCCCCUAGCUCCCUCCUCCGUCCCUGCCCUGUGCUCCAAUUUAGAUGUAUAAAAUCCAUUUAUACAGAGGUAUUUAUACACUAUAUUACUUCCACGUGUAAAGUCAUCAUCUACCAUGUACAUAGUUGAAAUAGAACACUGCCAGCAACUCAAGGCACCUAAUGUGCUCUUCCGAAAAGAUAUGCAUGAUUUUUUUUUUUUCUCAUGUUGUCUUCUGUUGCAUGUUCCUCACACACAGUGCAAACCACCAUUCAUUCAGGGGUGGCCUCAGCACGCUCACAGACUGCACACAGACUGUAGCCUUCCACUCUCAUUUUCCACCACUCUUCCCUCCUCACAGGGAACAAAGCUACUUGAAACUCUUUCCAAGGCAUUUCUAAACUUAGCACAAAAAGUAUGGAAAUUUGUGUUUGGUCAAUUAUUUCUUUGUUGUAAUAAUCCUUCUUGCUAAUAAAUGUUAUACUGUUGGAACGCUUGUUUAUUUCCCUUUAAAUAGUGCCACAUUUGUAAGGAAAAUGCAUUUGUGGGUUGAGCAGCAGUGUUGAGCAAGUGGGUUGAAACUAUGAAAAACACGCCAAACCAGUUUAUCUGUUGUCUUGUUUGGUGUUGUUUAUUGAAUUAAAUGACUGAAGUGCGAAGAAACAAGAAAUAUUGACAAUUUGUUCAUUAUAAAACAGGGGCCUCGCCUUCCACCUCCUCCUCAUCCUAGUCACCAGCUUGGUAGCACAGUGCUGUGCGCUGGUGUCCCAUUUUACAACCACCAUUUGACCCAAGUCAGCCAAAGUGGUUGUGUUGGUCACAGAAUAAGCUGUUUGGCAAGCAACCACAUACUUAACUUUGCUGCUCAACCCACAAAUGCAUU